AUGAAGGCUGUCGUUGUGUUUUUUGCAUUCUUCGUUGCCAAGUUCUACCACUGCGGAGCUGCUCCUGCCGGACUCUCUCUCGAUCUUGCCCUUCCUGAUGAAGGUAAUCUCACUGUCAAGAGAGGAGUUCACUUUGGACUGGACACUCUUGAAUGUACUCCAAGGACUGGUGUUGUACUUGGAAAUGUUAUGGAAGGUGAAUUGUUGGUACAUAAGGUUGCCAGAGGUGAAACCGUCUUGGAUGCUUUGCUAUUCUCAAAGGAUGAAGCUUCACUCCUUCUUCGUCUUCUUGUUUCAGUUGGCGGAAAGACAGAGUUCAAGCAUCUUAAAAAGGUCGACGGAAAGUGGGAACUUUUAAAAGAGAGAAAAGACUUUUAUGAACUCCUCAAGGGACUUGAGGGUCAAGAGGUUCCAGCUGGAGAUCUAGAAGAGGGUGUCUUACUUGAUGGCUAA